AUUAUUUAAUUACCGUCUAUUGUUUUUUUCAGCCCUCAAGAAAUACUAUUUUUUUAUAUGCGAAAUUCAAAAGAAACAUUGUGACUAGUAGCGGGACAAGAUUGAAAAGGGCAAUGAUAGUGGUUUGUUGAAGCGGGGUGGCCAAGUAAACCAAACAACCUCUGGUGCUUCUGUCUCUCUUUUCUCCACUGUCCCUUCCUCUGCUUUCCUCUGUUUCUUCUUUGAGUUGAAAACAAUAUCGGAUUUUUUUUCUGUGUGCUACUCGGCUGCCUAACUUGUGUUUUACUCUUCCCCUUUCACUGUAUUGUAUCAUCCAAGUUUCUGUGCGAUUCACCUAGCGAGUUUCUAAGAUGCUGUGUCGCUGUAUGGAUGCAGAGUAAUCUUUCUGUUUCUCAUACGUAUGUUUUGGGUCUCUUCAAAAUAUGGUUUUCUCUGACGCUUUGGCUUAUCCCUUGGGCUUCUUUGAUUCUUACACUUCAGGAAGCUUUCCUUGUCUUUCCCCUGCUUUUACCUAAUUGGUUUUCUAGAGAGAAAAAAUCAAGAUACGAAUUCCAAAUUCCAUUAUUUAUUUUUCUGGGAUACAACCGUUUUGGCCAAUGUCCUUCCGUUUGAUAUUGUUGCGUCCUCUCUUACUCUCCUUGCUUGGGUUACCUUGAUAUUCCUAGAAAGCCUGCCUAAUUUCAUGUUUGAUGGGUUGUCCUUGAUUUGUCGUGUUGCAAUUUAUAUCUAAUUUGUAGAGAAAAGGGAAAGAAACAUUGAAAAAAAAAAUCCAUUUUUUUGUGUUCGUAAGUUAGCCCUCAUCAUGAAAUUUCUCACUUUCUUGGUGGGUGUGUGAUAUCUUUUCUUUUACUUGAGGGUUUCUGUGUUCGUUGGUCACAAAAAAAAGAAAUGAAGGAAAAGGUGGAUUCCCCCGUUACAGUUCUGGAAGACUAUUUCAGGAGCUCGGAUUCAGAAUCAAGUUCUUCCAAAGAUCCUGCAGUGGAUUCUGAAUCUCAAGACCUUUCAAAACAUGCUUCUAGGUGGCAUGCAUUUCGUCACUUGUUUAGAAGUGGGUCGAAGAAACAUACGAACACGUUGCACCCUCUCGGUGCCCUCAAGCUCUCCAAAAGAAUGAGCACUAGCAUGAGGGAAACCAUUCUCCCAAGUUGUUUCUUGGAUGCAAAUGCAUCCCCUUGCAGGUCGCCGUGGAAGAUCUUUUCUCAUCAUGAGAUUCAGGUUGCAACCAAUUCAUUUAGCCAAGAAAAUUUGAUUGGGAAAGGUGGCUAUGCUGAAGUCUACAAAGGGUGUUUGCCAAAUCGUCAGCUAGUGGCAAUUAAACGUUUAACAAGAGGAACAGCUGAUGAAAUCAUAGGGGAUUUCUUAUCAGAGCUCGGUGUAAUGGCUCAUGUAAACCAUCCCAAUACUGCUAAGCUGGUUGGCUAUGGAGUGGAUGGUGGAAUGUAUCUGGUUCUUGAGUUGUCUGAAAAAGGAAGCCUAGCUUCAGUUCUUUAUGGUUCCAAGGAGAAGCUACCAUGGUGUACAAGGAACAAAAUUGCAUUAGGAAUAGCUAAGGGUAUACUAUAUCUUCAUGAGGGUUGUCAAAGAAGAAUUAUCCACAGGGAUAUAAAAGCAGCCAAUAUCUUGCUCACGGAGGAUUUUGAGCCUCAGAUUUGUGAUUUCGGGCUAGCAAAAUGGUUGCCAGAAAAUUGGACUCACCACACCGUUUCAAAAUUUGAAGGAACUUUCGGUUACCUUGCACCUGAGUACUUGCUACAUGGCAUAGUGGACGAGAAAACGGACAUAUUUGCCUUUGGUGUGUUGCUAUUGGAAUUAGUGAGUGGGCGUCGAGCACUUGAUUAUUCACAGCAAAGCCUUGUGUUGUGGGCAAAACCAUUGCUGAAAAAAAAUGAUAUUAUGGAGCUCAUUGAUCCUUCACUAGCAGGUGACUUCGACUCCAGGCAAAUGAAUCUUAUGCUCUUAGCUGCUUCUUUGUGCAUACAACAGUCCUCGAUUCGUCGCCCCUCUACAAGACAGAACAUCUGCGAGUCAACCCACUAACCCUUCUGUUCUGUGUGUCUGUGUACCUUAACAUGUGUGACAAGGUCCAUUAUGAAGCAUGUGACUAUGACAAAGUCCUUUAUGAAGCAUGUGACCCUUUGGUGCAGGUUGUACAGCUUCUGAACGGCAACCUUAGCUGCUUUAAGGGCAUGAAGAAAACCCGAAUGCCGUUCUUCAGAAGAGUCUUCCGAGAAGAACUUCAUGAUUCCGAAUAGUUGAAUUGAACAUAGUACUCACACGAUCAUCAAGGCUGAAAGGUGGUCUCUAUCAUCUCUUCUUUCUGCUGGAGAUUCUGCAGAUAGAAAUUGCCUCAUCAAACUCAAAAUUUUGCACUUUGCCUAGCCCAAAAAAACAUCAUGCUUCUAUCCCCUUCAACCUCUGUACAUAAUAGAUUCUUUAUAGAAAAUGUUAUUAACGUUAGUUACAUGAAAGGAAGAAAUAUUGUAUUACCUGUGGGUCUACCUAAAUUAUUUAUUGAAUAAAAACAAAUACCUUUUCUCUCC